AUGGUGGUUAGUCAGUCUGUGGUUGGCCGCGCCAACGCGGAAAAGCCCCAUGGUCUCGUGGGCAUGCUGCAAAACCCCUAUGUCUUCUUGACCUGUCUCUUUGCCUCGCUUGGUUGUAUCAUGUAUGGCUAUGAUCAGGGUGUCAUGGGCCCCGUCCUGGUCAUGGAGAACUUCAGGAACCACUUCCCCUACUUCGAAGGAUCUACUAUCCAGGGCUGGCUCGUGGCUGCUUUGGAGCUCGGUGCUUGGGCUGGUGCUCUGAUCAACGGUGUCCUCGCUGAUCGCAUCUCUCGGAAGUAUGCCAUGAUGGUUGCUGUCAUCAUCUUCACCCUGGGUACUGGUCUGCAGGCCGGCGCUCAGACGCCCGCCUAUUUCUUCGCGGGGCGAAUCAUUGGUGGUGUGGGCAUCGGUAUGUUCAGUAUGGUCAUCCCGCUCUACCAGGCCGAGAUUGCGCCUCCUGAGUUGCGUGGCUCCCUCGUCUCCCUCCAACAACUGUCCAUCACUGUCGGUACCGCCAUUGCGUUCUGGCUCGACUAUGGUAUGCAGUAUGUCGGCGGCACCACUUGCAAACCCGAAGGCAUCACCAACCCCUACCUCGCCGAUGGAAUCUACAACGCCGCGCAGAACCAUGGCCACACCUGUCUGGGCCAGAAGACGAUUGCCUGGCGUCUUCCGCUGGCUCUACAGAUUAUUCCUGCGUGGAUUCUGUUCUUCGGCAUGUUCUUCUUCCCCUUCUCGCCGCGUUGGUUGAUGAUGAAGCACCGCGAAGAGGAAGCCCGCGCUGCUCUGUCCAAGCUGCGCCGCCUCCCCGCCAAUGACCCCCUCCUGCAGGCUGAGUUGCUGGAGAUCAAGGCCGCUGUUAUGUUCGACGAAGAGACUGAACGUGAGGCCGUCGGCGCCGGUGGUGUCCUGGCUCCCUGGAAGGCGCUGUUUGCUCCCAACAUGUUCAAGCGUCUGAUGAUUGGCUGCUGCACCAUGGUCUUCCAGCAGUUUACUGGUAUCAAUGCUGUGCUAUACUAUGCUCCGCAAAUCUUCAGCAGUUUCGGCUUCUCGUCCACCAAGCAGACCCUUCUGGCUACUGGUGUGACUGGUAUCUUGCAGAUUAUCUUCACUCUUCCGGCCGUGUUGUACCUAGACAAGUUUGGACGUAAAACCUUCCUCAUUGCUGGUGCGACCGGCAUGUUCCUUUGCCAUAUUGUGGUGGCCAUUGUUGAGGGCUUGUAUGAGGAUAAGUGGAACCUGAAUGAGGGUCUCGCGAAGCCUCAAGGUUGGGUCGCUAUUACCUUCAUCUGGCUCUUUGCGGUCAACUUCGCCUACUCCUGGGGUCCCGUUGCAUGGGUUCUGACCCAAGAGAUCUUCCCCACCAGCCAACGUUCCCGCGGUGUCUCCAUCGUCGCCUCCACCAAUUGGAUGUUCAACUUUAUCAUCGGCCUGACCACCAAGGAUAUGCUGAACUCCAUGAAGUACGGCACCUAUAUCUUCUUCGCCGUCUUCAGCGGUCUGGGCGGUCUAUUCAUCUGGAAAUUUGCCCCUGAGACCAAGGACAAGACUCUCGAGGAGCUGGAUGUCUUCUUUGGCGGUGGCAUGGACAGCAUUGCGGAGGUGGACCGCCAGCGCAUGCAGCGCAUCAACGAAUCUCUUGGCCUGGCUGGUGUGGAGACAGUUGAGGACCUGAAGACCGAGAAGCAUAUCACUUCGGAGCAGGUCGAGGUCGAGUAUACCCACAAUGCUUGA